AUGCAAACAAGGCAAACACUUAAAGAGCAUCGCGCCGCGCGCACCUGAAGGGAUAUUGAGCGCAGUGUUCACAUCAUUUUUUUCAGACUAGUUUCAUCAUUUCAGACGAAUUUAUCAUCGAAUUUAUCUGAUCUGCCAAACAAUAUGAGUUCUUCGAACGGAAUGGAGCCGCCCACCAACGUCGAGCAGCAGAAGAGCGGCCAGGAUGGUGGCAAGCGUCGCGAAAGCUUCAGUUCGCAGAAUUCUCAGACUGCAAAAGACUACAUCGAAAGUCAACUGCGACUUGAAGCCGAUGCCCGCGAAGCCCUUCCAUAUUCAUUCGAUUCAUGUACACAACCUCUAGGGCCCUUACGACAGAGCCUUUUCGCCUGCAUCACUUGCAAUCCUCCCCCCGCAAAUCCCGAUGAGCAAUACACCUCCGCAGGCGUGUGCUACUCCUGCUCCAUCUCCUGCCAUGGCGAACACACAUUAGUUGAGCUCUUCAACAAGAGAAACUUUGUCUGCGAUUGUGGAACAACGCGCUUAUCUACUUCCGCUCCUUGCGUUCUCCGGGAAGACCCCAAGACGGGUGCUAAAGGUGUUCGGUCUCAGGAACCAGCCCCGGGCAACAAAUACAACCAUAACUUUCAAAACAAGUUCUGUGGAUGUGGGGAAGACUAUGAUGCAGAUAAAGAGAAGGGCACUAUGUUCCAGUGUCUUGGUCUAGGCACGGCUGAAACUGGAGGUUGCGGGGAAGACUGGUGGCACCCGGAAUGUCUCAUUGGCCUGCCACGAGACUGGAACAAGAUAGCAAAGAAAGAGACAAGUAGAAAUGGAAAGGGUGAAAAGGUGGAGCAAGAUCCUGACACUGCCAAUGUCGACGAUGAUGAAGAGACCCCUCUUCCUCCCGGAUUCCCCGCAGAGGACGACUUCGAGACUUUCCUAUGCUUCAAGUGCAUCGAGUCGAACCCGUGGCUGAAGCGUUAUGCCGGAGCAUCUGGAUUCCUACCCCCUGUCUACAAGAAUGGUGGGCUACCCAACGACUCUAUCAAAAAGGACCCUGAACCAAAGCCUGAACCAGCAUUAGAAGAGACAUUGGCCACAGUCCCAGAAGAAGAGCAACCAACAAACUCUAAGAAGCGCAAGGUGGAAGAUAACCAAAAAGGCGAGCCAGCUCCCAAGCGGAACAAGGAGGACACGGAAAACAACUCUUCAAAGCCCAAAGCAGAACCCACCUCCGAACAUCCAAAGCAGAAACACGACCAUCUCCCCAAACCUACCCCCACCGCAACCUUCUCUCUAUUCCUCAAAGAAGACUUCCGCGACCACCUUUGCCGUUGCACCGAAUGUUUCCCGAAUCUCGCCAAACAUCCCCAACUCCGCGAGGAAGAGGAUACUUACGAGCCUCCCCUCUCCGACGCCGGUGACGAAGCCAAUGGCGGCGCUAGUACAGGUACCGGGAGCCUUCUCGACCGCGGCGAAGCAGCCCUGAGCAACAUCGACCGUGUUCGAGCCAUCGAAGGCGCUAUGGUGUACAACCAUCUCCGUGACAAGGUGAAGGAAUUUUUGACGCCGUUCGCGGAGAGCGGCCAGGCCGUCGGCGCCGAGGACAUCAAGGCUUAUUUUGAGAAACUUCGCGGUGAUGAACAACCUAUCAAGGAUGCUGCCGGUCAAGCCUCUGCUUCGUCUAACAAUAAAGACAAUGGUAAUGAUGAAGAUGACGGUAGGAAAGAGCAGAGUGGCUAUUAAUGAACUUGUACUUUGAUAUUUUUGUGGAAUUUAUAGGUCGGAUGCAUAUACCCUGCAGUAUGGAAUGAACAAAGGUGGUUAUCAAGGGUUGAUGGGCUGGUUUCUGUUCUCAAGGGCGCAAGUGUACUAGGAUGUAAAU